UCAACCCCCGAAAGGAUGAAAGACUUUGGUGGUUCUUUGAGAAGAUUGAAGAUGGUUGCUGUGGCUGAUUACACUUUUCCGGGUGGCAUAUUUGAGCUGACAGAUCCAAUGAAGAAGGAUUUUGAUGAGCAUGGUUAUUUCAUUGUCAGGGGUCUCGUUAAUGAGGAAGAACUGCAGAAAAUCAACAAAACUUUGACUGAAAGUGAAUUUUGCAGCCAUGCUUAUGGUAUUGACGACGAUGUCGGAAGUAAAAGCAGAAUGACUCUUUGGAGCUUUCCUGGCAACGAUGUGACGGGGAUGCUGGCAAGAUGUAACAAAAUUGCUGGAACAAGUGAAAAGCUUCUAGGAGGUGAAGUGUACUUUUAUCAUGGAAAACUCAUGAUGAAGGAUGCCUUUUCAGGUGGUAGGCAUCUCUGGCAUCAAGAUUAUGGAUAUUGGUACAACAAUGGCUGUUUGACUCCUGAUUUACUGACAGUUUACGUAGCACUUGAUAAAUGCACCAAAGAAAACGGCUGCUUGCAGGUUCCUGACACUGCUGUGAAAGACUGUCAGAAUUAUACAGAUCUGACAGGCAAGCACUUUUUAAAUCCUGCAAUUGAUAAAACGGUGAGGGUCGACCAAAAAGACAAACAAUAG